AUGUGCUGGCUCACGCUUACACCAGCCAAAGGGAAGAAACAUCGUCACGACCACCACGCUAUCGAGUCUUCGUGUGUGGAGGAACUCGUCCGCGUUCAUCGUAGCCCUAGCCCGCGCUUGAGCGAUGUAAGAGUGCGAGUACCGAGUAGCAUUAGUGUAGAGCUCGAAGAUCAUCACCAUGUACAUCCGCAUUUGCAUCACCACCACAAGCAUCAUCUGCAUCCACUACACCUGCAUCCGCUCCAUAGCCAUCACCGUCACCACGACAUGCCAGCGCUGAGACUUAGGGGGCCCGGCAGGAAACGAUGUCCACCGCCCCCGGGUCCGCCUCCGCCAUCGCGCGAACCGUCGAGAUGCCGACCUUGCUCUCGGUCAUCGUCACCACUGCGGCCCCGUGAACCAAUCUAUCGCACCCAGAUUGUUGAGCCCGCACAAGUCAGGGAGACGACUCGUGUCGCGUUGGGUACCGUGCAGCCCGAGAGACAUAAAAGCCGACUGAGGAGAGUUGCUGGCUAUGAGGUCCUGGGUAGAGAUGUGCCGUGGAAUUGGGAUUGCGUUAGCAGUACUGUAGGGAGUAGCAGCGCAGGUGGCGGCAAGUGGACGAGGAAGAAGGGAGGAGGGCUGAGAUAUCCGCCCUUCGGUGCACUAGAUCGGUGGCUAUAG